AGUGUAACUGUUAGUACGAGCAUUAUGACGUUAACGCCAGCACAGUUUUUUUCGCCUUUAGAAUUACUAUUGCACAAUCUAGUUGUACAGUAUUUAUCUGAUUCAUAUUGCGUGAGCGUCGUUUCCGAAACUCCUUUAAAUUUUGUCUUUUUACCAAGUUUUACAUACAUAAACCCGAAUGAUACAGAUGAUAAUAACUUAGUAGAAAAGUUGUUAAAGGUAUCAGAAGAAGGAUGUUCAGAUUAUAUUGUAAGAUUUCAAAACCCUCAAAAUUUUAUGAAUGCUUUUGAGAAGGUCAAUCACCUCGGAAAAGUGAGGAGGAGUGAUAGAAAACUAAUAUUUUUAUCCAUUCCUGAUGUAAAUUACAGAAACCAAGCUUUGGAAAUGUUAUCAAAAGUUGAAUGCAGUUUUGUUGCAAAUAUUUUGCUAGUUUUGACAAGUGAUGAAAAUCAGUGCGGCGAGUCUUUUGAUUUCGUAACCCACAAAUAUGUUGGGCCAGAUUCGGAAGUUAACGAACCGUUACUUCUUGAUCAUUGGAAUGCCUGUACGCAACAAUUUGAUCGAAAAGCUAACUUAUUCCCUCAUGACAUGACUAACAUGAAGGGUAAAACUUUAAAAGUGAGCUGUUUCACUUACAAACCUUAUGUUUUACUAGACCUAGAUCCUGCUGUGGCGCCGCUUGGAAGAGAUGGGAUGGAAUUGAGAAUUGUAGAGGAAUUUUGUAGGUGGAUAAAUUGUAAUGUUGUCAUUAUUAACGAAGAUAAAGAUCAAUGGGGCGAAAUAUACGAAAAUCAAACAGGCAUAGGGAUAAUUGGCAGUGUAGUAGAAGAUCGGGCCGACAUGGGUAUUACCGCUCUUUAUUCUUGGUAUGAGGAAUGGCAAGCUAUGGACUUUUCUAUUUCUUGUAUAAGAACUGCUAUAACGUGCUUGGCACCAGCUCCGAGAAUACUGGCAAGUUGGGAAAUGCCCUUGUUGCCUUUCAGCAAACUCAUGUGGCUGGCAGUUGUCAUUACAUUCAUUUAUGCUGCAAUUGGUCUUUUGAUGGCACAGAAGUGGUCCUCUAAUAAAGCUUUACUAAUUGUGUUUGGAAUAUUAAUUUCCCAAUCACAACAUAAAAUCGGUGACUCGUGGCGAGUCCGUAGCGUUAUUGGGUGGUUGCUUGUGGCAGGAAUGAUAUUAGUGAACGCAUACGGUGCCGGGCUGGCAUCCACGUUUACCGUUCCGAAGUACGAAAGUUCAAUCGAUACAGUCCAAGACAUUGUGGACAGGAAUAUGGAGUGGGGUGCAACACACGAUGCAUGGAUAUUCUCGCUGACUCUAUCUCCCGAGCCAUUAGUCAAAAAAUUAGUGAGCCAAUUUAGGAUCCAUUCCUUUGAAGAACUAAAAAAGAAAAGUUUUACUAGAAGUAUGGCGUUCAGUAUUGAAAAAUUACCGGCAGGUUAUUUUGCAAUAGGUGAGUACAUUACUAAAGAUGCAGUGUUGGACAUGCAACUGAUGUUAGAAGACUUUUAUUACGAACAGUGCGUAAUAAUGAUGCGCAAAAGUUCACCUUAUACAGAAAAAAUAAGCCAGUUAGUUGGAAGACUGCAUGAAUCUGGACUUAUGUUAGCUUGGGAAACACAGGUUGCAUUGAAAUAUUUGGAUUACAAAGUUCAAGUAGAAGUGAAACUAUCUCGGUCUAAAAAUGACGUUAGCGUUACAGAAGCUUUGAAUAUAAAACUUGUUGAGGGCGUUUUCAUCUUAUACUUAAUUGGGGUAAUCAGUGCAGUAAUUCUAUUUAUUGGGGAAGUUUUGAUGGAGUAUUACAAAAGUCGCGUUCACGCUGUCAUAGAAAUAUGAAAUAACUACUAAUACAAUAAAAUAUGCUGUAGCUGAUCAACAAAUAAUUACGUAUUUCACAUCACUUUCACUAUGUUAUAUAAGUAGAUUUACUUUUUCACAUAUAAUAAAUUAAGUACUUAUAUUUCGUUUUGUUGUUUUAUUAUAGUUAGCAGACGUCAGCUAUCUUACUUAUUUUUCUUAGACAUGUCUCGAAAGUAUUUCGAACUGAAUAGCCUGUAUCCCCAUUUGAGUAAAAUCCUACAAUAUUUCAUUAUCUCCGUAAUGUCAGAGGCUGGUUGAGGUUGAGGCUGUUUUUUACCUUUGUAUGGAGAUAAUCAUUUAGGGAUCUAAGCACGCAUGGGGGCAAGCCGCUUUACACAGCCGUCUACCGUAAACUAGUUAAAUAAUGCUUAAAAUCUUAAUUUGAGAUAAUUCCCGAUGUCCCAAACACCGUGGUAUGUGUAUUUCACAUACCAGUUUAAAGUCGGCAUCGGUACCAUAAUUAUUUCGGUAUUGUGAUAUUUACACUUUAUAUGUAAGUACUGGAAAAUACUUAACACCAUACGACUUACUAGCUUGCUUAUCGGUUUAGAUGGUACUCUCAAACUAUAUUACAGGUUUUAUUGUGGAGAGAGCAAUAAGCUCUCAAUAUUUUACUGAUUAUAUGCUCCAUUUACGCUUUACUAACAAACGAUAUUGAUCGGUGUUUUAGCGACACGCUGCCACUCUGUUUCUUACUUUAAGACUCAUUUGAUAGAAGACUCAUAGAGAUGAAAAAGGAUAGAUUUUUUUUUAGGUGACGCCCUUAGAGUUGUCGUUACGUUUACUUUGUAAUUCUAAGCUCUGGAUGACAUCGAAGAACUUACCCUCGGACGAGCUACUUGCUCAUUCCGUUAGUCAGAAGGUGUCUGUUUUAACACUUUAAGUAGUUAGCAGAUAGCAAUGAAUUUAUGAAUUUUUAUUGUUUACUGUUAUCUUUGUACUGUUAUUGAUUGAUUACACUUAUCAAAACAUUGCACCGCCCCUGGGCUGUCCGUAAUGACGACAAAAAAAAACAUUAAUAAACCUUCGUAUAUGACUUUUUCCUUUCAGCCUACAUUUAAAACAUUAAUAUUGCACGUUGAACGCUAUCGUUUGAAGUGCUUCAUGACUAGGUAAUAUUUAAGGGUAAAGUAUACGUUUUAUUUAUUACUUUCAAUAUAUUACUGUAACUGUGGCCAAUGCCAGAGAGUAGAGCAAACUCUACCUGAUUUUUGAAAGAUGUAAGUAUUCCGUAUAUUUUACAACCAUUAAUUUAACUUGCAGUGUUUGUAUGUCCGGGUAAAAUCUUGCAACUUAAUUUUAAAGCAGUUAUCCUCAACCGAUUGCGAUGAAAUUUUAAAUACACGUUUAGUUUGAAUGACAAUGCUUUGUGACGUCAUUCUAAAUUUAAGAUGGCGGACUAAUAAUUAUAUUUUACGCAAGCCUACAUGUAAUAUGAAGGGUUAGACUUAACGGGAUCGUGUUUUGACUAAAAUCAACCUAUAACCUAGGCAAAUUCUCACACAUAAAUUUGUUGGCUCUGAUUCAGAAAUUGAUGAAUCCCUAUUUCUCGAUAAUUGGAACUCUUGUACACAAAAGUUUGAUAAAAAUGUGAAUUUAUUUCCUCAUGAUAUUUUUUAACAAUUACUUAGUGAAUUGUUAAAAAAAACUAUGUAAGGUGUAUGUUUUGUUGGCUGUUCAAAUAAAUAAAUAAAUGAUAUGAUGAAUCUAAAAGGUAAAAUGUAAUAGUAAGCGGUUUUACGUGUAGGCCAUAUGUGAUACUAGAUUUUGAUCCUAAGCUGGUACUUAAAUCUAAUGACAGUGAUGUAAAUAGUCCUGACACCUUAAUAAGUACCUAUAAGUGUAAGUCUUUGGACGAGAAUAUCAGGGGCUACAAGCAUUUUAAGCUACCACAAAACUUAGAUUCUAAUUAAGUAUUUGAAUUUGACAACACAAGCAGUUGACGAGAAUCAAACUUGCGGACAUAGUCUUUACAGCCAGCUAGGGAUGUCGAUCUUUUAUACUGUUUACUUUUUUAUUCUAAAAACGUAUAUAAAGUACUUACUGUUUUCAUCGUUAAUGCUAUUAAUGUAGUCUUUCAUGAUUAAAACGA